ACCAUCGUCUUGCCCCCGACACCACAAACAUCCCCCAAGCAAAGCUACAGAAGCAAACGGAACGAAGAAGAACAAGACCCGUUUACAAACGAAUCUUCCCGUUACUCCAGAAUUCCUUUAUCCUCUUCGUUUCUGCCAUUGAAAUGGCCUUGAAAGCUCCACCAAUCGCUGGGCUAUUUCCUUCUCUCCGACCUUCCGCUUCUUCGUCGUCUCCUUCGACUUCCAAUCGGCCCUGUGCUCUCAGGGUUUUGCCCCUCAAAUCAUCAUUCCUCGGAAACUAUGGGGGAUCUUUGCGAGUUAAUGAGCUCAGAUUAGCUUGUUCUAAUAGACUGAGGUGCAAUGGUCAUGGCACGGGCGCCCUUGGUUCUAGAAUGAAUCUUUUUGAACGAUUUUCUAGAGUAGUCAAGUCAUAUGCAAAUGCACUCAUAAGCUCCUUUGAAGACCCAGAGAAGAUCCUUGAACAAACUGUCAUCGAAAUGAAUAAUGAUUUGAUAAAGAUGCGUCAAGCCACUGCACAGGUUUUAGCAUCCCAAAAGCAGUUGGAAAACAAAUAUAAAGCUGCCCAGCAAGCCUCUGAAGAUUGGUACAAACGGGCACAACUUGCUCUUGCUAAAGGAGAUGAGGAUCUUGCGCGUGAAGCCCUUAAACGAAGAAAGUCUUAUGCCGAUAAUGCUAGUGCUCUGAAAGCUCAGCUAGAUCAACAAAAAGGUGUUGUCGACAAUCUUGUUUCAAAUACACGGCUAUUGGAAAGCAAGAUACAGGAAGCAAAAGCAAAGAAAGAUACUCUCCUUGCACGUGCUCGGACAGCUAAGACUGCCACCAAAGUGCAAGAGAUGAUUGGAACAGUGAACACAAGUGGCGCUCUCUCAGCUUUCGAGAAAAUGGAGGAGAAAGUGAUGGCUAUGGAGUCUGAAGCAGAUGCUCUUAAUCAACUAUCGACCGAUGAACUCGAGGGAAAGUUUCAAAUGUUGGAAACCUCUUCUGUGGAUGAUGAUCUUGCCAACUUGAAGAAAGAACUUUCCGGCAGCUCAAAGAAAGGAGAGCUUCCUCCCGGGAGAAGUGCGGUGGCAGCGAGCACACGAUUGCCACCGUUCCAGGACGCCGAGAUCGAGAAAGAGUUGAACGAGCUGCGAAGGCGAGCUAACGAGUAGUAGUAGUGUCCUCGGCCACCACUCUUCUUCUUCGGGGGACCUUACUCUUUGGUAUGUUUCAUGUAUUCUGCCUUUUUACAACACUCUUCUUUACAAGCACUUGUUUGCUUGUGUAAAGUAUUUUAUGAUAUUGAAUGUCUGGUAAUUAAAGUAUCUAGGAAUUUAAUCUCUUGUUUCAUUUCA